AUGAUCGAGUACCUCGAGGACAUUCUCGCAUGGAAUCGUCUCGAGAAGUACGUAAAAAUGUUCCAAAAGCGGGCGAAUCGGCUGCUCGUCGAGCAAUCGCAGCAGCGAAUAGUGCAGCUUAUAAAGUUUUCCUAGAAACUGCGAAUAUUCUUAGCCGCCACCGUCCUGGUCGAUGAUCAACGGAUCGGAAUUGCUCUACGCACUCGGCGCCGUUGAUGAAACGUAAGAAAUGGGGAAUUUUUAAACUGAAAUUUUGCCAGAGUGAAAAUUUACGCGUUGCAGAUCGGCGCUAACGAGCCCGCUGGGCGUGCAAAUGGCAGAAUUGCCGCUGCCGCCGAUGCACAGCAAAUGCCUUUUGAAGUCGGACGAGCUCGAGUGCAGCGAGGAAAUUGGAAAAACGCUCCGAUUUUCUACACUUUUCACUGCGUUUUGUUUCAGCGCUCGACCGAUUCACUGCAAUCGCAUCUCGUCCGCCACGGACUCGAUUUUCGCGUCGCGUGCCGAGGAUGUAUGCUUUCUAUGA